AUGGUGAUGCCUGAAGUUAGUGUUCAAGGGAAAUUGAAACCCGGUCAACCAACACAACUGUGGACCUUCAAUAAUGCAUUACUAUUACUCAAAUCCAAUGAUCGGAAUUCUUUACAAUCAUUGGAUGAGUUCUUUUUAUUACAUAGGUCGUUAAUGUUCAAUUCCAAUCCAUUCCAUCAAAAAAAUGAUAAAAUAAAGAUUACCAAAGACACUAAAGAGUUUACAUUACACGGAGUGUUAUAUAAUGGAAUUACUCCUACGAAUUAUGAAGAUUCCAAGCUAAUAAGUGAAAAGUUGAAUCUUGAUCAAUUGGAAUGUUUAAGAAUAAUUUGUCAAACAUGUAAAAGAAACCCUGUAAGAAAACAUAGUGAUUUCGAAAACCAUAACACUAAAUUACCUGACGAUCGUGCUGUGGUGAUGGAACAAGAACGAUUAGUUUUAUAUGCAUCCAAGAUCCUUCAUGAACGUAGAUUGAUCUUAGAAUGUGUUUUGGAAUUAAUGAAUAAAAAAUUAGAUUCAACUUCUUCAUCGAUCCAAAACUUGGGUAAAGAGUUAUUUUUGUCAGACAAGUACAUCAACAGUAUCAUCGAAACUUUAAAACAUUGCAUUACCAACUUGAAUUCUGAACACUCCGAUUUCCAAUCUUUAAUGGAAAGAGAAAACUUAUUGUUCAUAUCUACAUGUUUGAGAGUUUUAGUAGAAGCAACCUUCCAGAAUACGAAUAUCUCCCAUACCACCAUUUUGAAUUGGUUCCAAUUCAUGCAUUCUAACAAUUUCACCAAUAAAUUAAGUCCUGUGAUCUCAGAAAGAGAAUCUUUGGCACUAAUCGAUGCAUUAUGCAAUAUAAUUUCGAUUGCUUUGUUGGAUGUUGAAAAUAUUGACUGUAAGAUUAUGAAUAAUGGUAGUCUUUUUAAAGAUAUAAAUUCAAUCAUCACUAAUCCUUCAAACUUGAAUGCUAUCACAAUGUAUGGAUGGUUAAUUAUAAUUUUGAGGAAAAGUUAUAUAAUAUCCGAAACUGAUGAUGAAACUUUCACUAAAUAUGUUUCCUUGAAAGAUUUAGAGUAUUCCAUAACUUUCUUAAGUGUUAAAUGUAAAGAAUUGAAUGUUUUCCAUGAAAUCGAUGUGGUCAAUAAUACCUUGAAAUUUGAUAAUUUGUAUCCUGCUAUAUUAUCAAGCAUAAUUAUUGCUUCAAUGCCUUUAACUACAUUAACAGAUGAAAUAGCAUCAACGAUUUAUAAUGUAAUGAAGAAUUGUCCUAAUGUUAUCAUUGAAAAAUUCUUCAAUAAUCAAGCUACCAUCAAUGCUAUCAUAGUUGCUAGAGCUAAAUUUCCCCAUUUAAUCAUUCCAUUUUUGAAAUUAGCUUCCAUCAAUGGAGAAUUUGCCUUCAACGAAUUCAAAGAAUUGAAAUCCUACAUGUAUGAAUUGCCAGAAUUCGAGUUCAAUCAACUGUCAAUAAUUGAUGAUACCAAUACAGAAUUAGUUAAAACCACCAAAUUGAUCGAUAUUUAUCCUCCUUUCGAAAUCAAUAAGAAAUUAUCAUUAUUAAUGAAUUAUGAUACCAAAGCAAAGAUCUUACCUAGUGUGAGGGAAAACUUCAUCUUGGCUACAUUCUUAUACAGAUAUAAUGGGUUUGCAUUCUUUGGAAGGGUUUUACAGAAUUUAUCCAAUACAUUUGAUGCCAAUGAUAAUGAGAAAACCACUUUAAUCGUCAGUAUUUGUGAAUUAUUGACAUCGAUCUUAAGAGAUAGUGAUGGUCAAAUCCUAGACUCAUUAUCAGCAUAUACCGAUAAUUCUGAUAUUGUAGAAGUCAUUCUUAGAUUAUUGGAUCAAGGAUUACAUUCUAGAAGUAUUAAAGUAUCCAAGACCAUCAUUGAUUUAUUAUACUAUUUAAGUCCACAUAUUUCCGAUAGAAUUUGGAAUUAUUUAUCUGAUUCCAUUUUAUUGAGUGAUGGUGGUAAAGAAGGUUUCGUAUCAAUAUUAUUUAGUGCCAUUGAAGUAGUACAAGGAGAUUAUAGUUUUACUAUCUCCUUCAUUAAAUUAACCGAAAUCUUAGCUCAUGAUUGUCUCAAUUUAAAACCCACCACCAAGAUUCAAACCAAAUCCAAAGUUUUAAGUCAAUGUAUUAAUCAUUUAAUCUUAGUCUUUGAAACUUUUGUUCAUUGUAAAUUCAAUGAUUCUUGUCAAAAGAUGGAAUUAGGUGUUUUGAUACUUGAUACUUUUUCCAAUAUGUUAACUAUGGUUUAUGGAUUACAGAAAAACGACAAGUCAGGCGGUGGUAAAGUGAGUGAAGUUUUCAUUGAAUCAGCUAAAAAUAUCAUUGAUUCCUUCUUAAUCAGUAAAUCUGAUUUUUCAAGAACUUGUUAUCCCUUAACAGUAUUGAUAGAUUCAUUAGAAUUUGAUAUCAAUCUUUAUGAAUUGAAAGAUUCCACAACAUAUUUAUAUUCUUCAUGGAUAAAAGGUGCAUUGGAAUUCACUGAAUUAAUAGUUUCCAUCAGAACUUCCAUCAAUUAUCCACCAUCAACUUUUGAAACCAGUAUUUUCAGUAAAUUACCAAUCUUGGUUAAAACAUAUGCCAAUCAUGCUGAACUCAGAAAAAACAUCUUGGAUCUUAUGACAGUUCUUACUUCUAGUUCCUGGCCAAAAGAUACCAGACCAUCAUUAUUAUCUCAUUUAGGUACUAAUGGCACUCAAAUCUUAUUACAAUCAUUAAUUACUGAUUUAGAUAAUGAUUUUGAUGACUAUAACAUUAAAGUUUCAAUUUAUGAUUUUGUUUCAGCAGUAAUGACAGGUGAUCAAGAAGGUUUGAGUGUUCUGUUAUUGGGUGUCAGAGAUAUAGUUGAUAAUUUAACCAAAGAAGGAUCAUCCAAACAUGAUCAAUCAUUGAUUAAAGUAUUGAAGAAAAAUAUCAAGAACAUCAAAUAUUUACCUGAUUCUGUGGCUCUUCAUUUGGUUGAUGCUAUGGGCCUUGUUAUCAAUUCAUGGAGUUCCUUACAUACUUUAACUGAGGAUGAUGAAUUCAUUGAUGAAUUAAUCAAUAGAAUUAAAAUCCCAGUAAAUGAACAACCAAAACUUGUGGAUGAAUAUAUUGAAAAUUGUUAUAAUUUGAAGUUAGUCUCGAAGAUAGCUGAAGUUUUAGCCCUUUAUUUGUUUUCAAGUAAGAACAAUAAAUAUAUUGAAAAGAUUGGGAAAUUCUUGACAGAGUUUAAGAAGCAUAUGGAAGGAUUUUUCACCAUAAAAUCAUAUCAUAGUAAACUUCAUGAUGAUAUCGAAGAACAGUUCUCCAGUCAUUUCAAACCUUUUGAAGUUUCGGAUUUCAAAUGUUCUUUAGUUAAGAGGAACCGUUAUGGUGUUUCUACUAUAUAUAAUUUAACUGUGAUGGAAGGGAUGUUCAAGUUCAGUCCUCAUUGGCAACAAUUGAAGGAGAAGAUCAUAGCUUCAUCAAUUGAAUUACAAUAUUUAAGUGCUCAAGUUGAUGUAGCUAAAUCUUUAAGUGCUUUGAUAACAGCUUCAGUAAGAAAAGAUUCUAAAGUUUUAAAUGUAGACUUCAUUGAUUUUGCUAAUCAUUUGUUAAGAACCAAUAUCAUUGAAGGAUUACCUGCUGAAUUCUUCCAAGAAAUUUAUAAUACAAGAAUCCAAUUGGCCUUUUUCAUCAUUUAUAAUAUGUAUAACUUAUCAACUUUACGUAAGGAUACCAAAAAAUCCUUUGAAUUAUUGAAAACCUGUUCUGAAUUGUUAAAAUCUGAUUCAAUGGACUUCAUAAAUAACUUAACUCAUAGUACUGGUUAUUAUAUGUCAUUGUUGAGAAUCAUUUAUUGUACUUUGGUAGCUGUUAAAGAUGACAAAAUCUUAUUGGUGGAAUAUUUCAGUAUCUUCAGAGGUUUAUUUGAAUUGAUUGUCAGUAAAGGAACUAAGGUAUUGAUAAUUGAAAUCCAAAAUGAGGUUUAUCUUUCUAAAACCACCAGAGUUGAAUCCAGUAAAAUGAGUGAAAAGAUUGAUGAUAUUCAUUUGAUCUUAUCAAUUUUAAAAAUAUUCACCGAAUUCAAAAUCACUAUCAACAAUCAAUACGAACUUUGUGAAAAGAUUGAAGAGACUGAACUCAUCAGAUCAUUAUUAAAUCUUUUUUCCUUUGCUCAUUUGAUUGAAAUAGAUGGAGAAUUCAUCUUUGCCCAAUUAAGUUUAAUGUUCAUCCAAGAAUUAAUGAAAUUCGAAAUAAUUGCUAGAAAAUUGAUAGAUAAUGGUUUAUUCAUGGUAUUGACUGGAAGUAACAUAUCUUCCACCAUAAAAAAUGGAGAUAUUAAUAUCACUACAUCUCCUCGUUAUCAUAAGAUUUGGACUAAUGGAAUCUUACCAAUAUUUGUAUUUACAUUAUCAAAUUUGGGCCCAAGUAUUUUACCAGAUAUUUGUCUUGCUUUAGGAAAUUUCAUGAAACAAAUUGAAUAUUGUAUUGAUAGUUGGUCAAAAGAUUCUUCAACUAUUAGAAUAUCAACUGCAACUAUCAACGAAACCAAUCAAAUCUUAAUCUUAUUACAAUUACUUAAAUCUUUUGAUGUUACUGGUUUUUUCGGGAUCAAAAUUGAUGGCGAAGAACUUAAUAAUAUAGUGGAUAUUCCUAUCUUACCGGGACUUGAAUCAGAAGUAAAAAGAGAAGAUUUCAUGGACCAUAUUAAUAAUUUACUUAAGCAUCCAAAAUUCUUAACUUCAAGAAUCUUACCUAGUUCAAAUGAUGAACAAAGAAUAAUUGAUGCUGGAGGUGCCCCAUUUGAUUCUUUUGUAAAUAGUGUGAUUGAAGAGAUCUCAUCAUUAAAGGAAUUUGUAUAA